AUGGCUCAAGUGGCCCCAAAGGAUGCGCGGAUGGCCCCAGGAAUAAGCCGACAAGCUCCGCCCAGUUCUCAGAGCGCAGAAGCCAACGAGAAAUUGCCUCAGGUCAAUGAAUUUCUGAUUGGUGAGAAAACGCGGAAGAAGUAUCGGAUUCUGAGUGUGAUCGGAGACGGGGGUUAUGGUACCGUUUUCGAAGCUACUGACGAAAUACGGUAAGCUUUUAUGUACUGUAAAGACGAUCAUUGUUAGAAAAGUCGCGGUGAAGACGGAGAAGUAUUCGAAAAGUAUGCUUCACAUUGAGGUCAAUGUCCUUCGCGUGGCCAAUGCUGAACAUUGCAAGCAUAUUGUGGAGCUCAUUGAUCAUGUAAGUUGAAUCCAAGGAGGAUUUAAUUGGUUUAGGGAACAUCGAGACCACAUUAUGUGUAUGUCAUCAUGCCGUUGUUGGGCAAAGACAUUCAUCGGUUGAGAAACGAACAGAAAGAGCGCCGCUUUACUCUCGGAACCGCUGUCAGAGUUGGGAUUCAAGGACUUAGAGUUAACGUCAGUAUUUUGAAAAUUUAUUUUUAGGCCCUUCACGAGUUACAUGAGAAAUGUGGUUACAUCUCUCGUGAUGUGAAACCAGGAAACUUUGCAUGUGGCCAUCCGAAUUCCAUUGAGAGUCGAACCAUCUUCCUGAUCGACUUUGGUUUGGCUCGAAAAUUUGUGGACAAAGUAAGCAGUGGUUUAGUUAUCAAUAACUUUUAAAGAACAAAAAUGUCAUCCCAUCGCGGAAAGAAGUCGGAUGGAGAGGAACCACUCGUUACGGAUCACUGCAAGCCCAUCUAAAGCAAGAUCUGGGAAGAAGAGAUGACGUCGAGAGCUGGUAAACGCAUACAUGUGUCGAUUGACGUAUAAUAUUCUAGGUUCUACAUGUUGGUUGAGAUUACAAAAGGUCAAUUGCCAUGGAGAGCGAUCACGGAGAGACCUCAAGUCCAAGCCGCCAAACUCUCAGCCAGGGCGAUCUCCCGGGACAAUUUCUUGGCUGAUUGUCCCAAAGAAUACGAUGCUAUUUUGACAUACAUCGACAGUCUUUUGUUUCAUGAUGCCCCAAACUACAACCAAAUGUGCAAUCAGCUCAACGACAUUGCCAUCCGCCUCCACAUUCUUCCUGAUACUCCGUUUGAUUGGGAAGAAGACUCCAACAUGAGCUCCACCAAAAACUCGAGUUACAGCGAUAACGAGCAACGCUGCAAUCGGGCUGAUAGGCUGAGUCGAGAGAAUGCACUAUAUCACUAG